AUGGCUAAAUCGUUUGGAGUUCUCAUUCCCGAGAUGGUGGACCGGUACGAUAGUGACUACAAGACAAUUGGCUUCAUAUGCAGUCUGCAUUCACUGAUGUUCAUGACAGCUCCCAUUGCUAAUGUUCUGCUUAAAGUGAUGACGCCUCGAAACUUAGGAAUGUUCGGUGGACUACUGGCCGCAAUAUCUAUGAUGUGCGCCCCGCUUGCAAACUCAGUCUUUGAACUCGGUAUACUGAUAUCUUUAACAGGAUUUGGAAUAGUUAUGGCAGUCUUCUCCACAUUGGUUACCCUCGCCAGAUUUUUCCCAAAGUCCUUUAUCUUCUCGAAUUCUCUAACACAGUUUGGUGUCGUAUGUGGUGUCUUCACAGUACCCAUCAUUGUCGAGAGGUCGCUUGAAGCGUAUGGCUAUGACGGUGCCUGUCUCAUCUUAGGUGGGAUCACACUUCAUGCUGUGGUCUCUGCGAUGAUUCUUAGACCGCCAAAGGACCUCCCUUCGAGGACAGAAGAAAACACACAGCUUAUGGACACACAUUCAUCAAGAGAUAGUCACUCUACCAUAGAGAACGAGAAGCAUCAAGGAUGUUCAAAUGGGGGAACUGAAUCAGAUAAGGAUGGCUUCUCACGCUCAAACACUGAAUACAUGCAGGUGGUAGUGGACUUCUUUCAUUCUCUUCCCUCAGUUGGAGAGUUGUUCAAAUCUUUCAUUCUGGUCGAAGAGCCAUUAUGUACACUAGUUAUGCCUGCCGUCUUUUUUGCUAAGUACGUCUUUUAUGCUUGGAUCUUAUUCCUAGUGCCUCACGCAGAGGGUUUGGGAAUAGAACCAUCAAGAGCCGUACUUUUGUCUUCGAUUGCAGGCAUUGCUGGUACAUUUGGAAGCAUUGUCUUUGUGGUCCUCCUUCACUUUAACUACGACCCAACAAUCAUCAUCAUCUUCUGUUGCUUGAUGUCUGCCAUCUCUUUCUUCUUGGACACACUCAGUUCGAAUUUCAUCUUCUUAGCAAUAAUGGCUUGUUUUCAAGGGUUAUUCCUGUUCGUGCUUCAAUCUAUUACAUCCGUGAUGGCGAAGCUAGCAGUAAGAGAUGCAGAUAAUAUACCGAGUGCACUCUCCCUCUUUCUCUUCAUCGAAGCAGUUGGUAUAGGAGUGGGAGAUACAGUAUCAGGUACAUAUACAUAG